AUGAGUAUAGCUGUUGAAAAUGACGAAAUUGCGUGUGGAGCAGUUAGUAGAACAGCAAGAAUUAUUGCGAUUGAUGAGAAAAGUGGAAAAUUGGCGGUUGUUAGAAAGCAAAGGUACUAAUUUUUGGAUUUUUCAUGAAAAUUGAGAAAAAUCUUGGAUUUUCAGGAAAAAAAUUCGAAAUUUCUCUGAAAAAUUCGAUUUUUCCGAGAAAAAAAACAUCAAAAAAUUAAUUUUUCGUGAAAAUUGAGAGAAAUUCGGAUUUUUCGAGGGGAGAAAUUUGAGCAUCGAAAAUCGCAGCCGUGAAUUCUUCCAGAAUAGUUUUUUUUUAUAAAAAUUUGAAAAAAAAAAUAUUUUUUGAAGAAAUUGAGUUUCAAAAAUUCAGGUUUUAUCAGAAAUCUCAUUUUUUCGAGUGUUAAAAAUUUCAAAAAAAAAAAUUGAAAACUCAAAGUUUUUUUCAGAAUUCCAAUUUUCUUAGGGCAAAAUUUUUUUCGGAAAAAAUUUGGGAGAGAAAAAUUUUGAUCAGAAAUUCAAGUUUCAUCGAUCUUGGGUUUCGAAACUGAUUUUCGAAUUUUAUCAAGAAAUUUUUAUCCAAAAUUCAAGAUUUUUUUCAGAAAUCUCAAGAGAAAAAUCCCAGCCCCAAAUCAAUAUUUUUUCCAGAACUCCAAAUUCUCACGACUAUAUCGAAUUAUACAAUAUUUUGACUGGCUGGCUUGCAACUCCCGAAUUAGUAAUUUGUCCGGAUAAUGGGUCAAUUGAACACGCGAUGUUUGUUGCCGGAGGCGAAUUAAUGACGUCACAUGCAAAUGGUUCAAUUUGUUUUAUCGAUCCACACGAUAAUCGACGAAUCAAAAGAGUUCAAGUUGCUGCAUCAACAAUUUGGUCAGCGUGUGAUCAUUCUACCGCAAAUAGUGAACCAUUAUCUCGCGUCGCUUUAAUUUCACAUUCAUCACUUUUAUAUUUUUAUGAUGUGAUCUCAAAAACAAUUUUAUCAUCAAUUUCUCUCGGUGUCGAUAGUCGAUUAUUUGAUGUGACUUCAAAUGGUGAAUUGGUUGGUGUUGGAACAAUUGACGGUGUUAUGAUUGCUGGAAAUGGUAAAGUUCAACGAGUCCUAAAAUUGGAUCGAGAAAAUCGGAGAGAUCCAACGAUUGCGUGGUCGGUUUUGUUUUGGAAAAGUGAUUUAUUAGCGUGUGGAGAUUCGAGAGGAACUGUUACUUUGUGGAAUCCGUUGAAUGGCUUAUUGAUUCAAUCGAUUGAUUGUAUGCAAUCACAUAUUCUGACGAUGUGUUUGGUGGAUGGAGAUUUGAAUAUUGCUGGAGUUGAUCCAAGAAUCACGACUAUCAAAAAAUUGGUAAAUUUGAAUUUAUUUUUUUUUUCAAAAACUACAGUCUCAUUUUCAGCACAAAAUUUCAGCCAGAAAACUUUUUUGACUGCAAAAAUCUGUUUUGAAAGAAAAGCUAAAAAAUCUUGUUCUAGACUGAAAUUUUGCGCUGAAAAUUGUGAAAAUGCUGAAACUCUAGAUUUUUAAUAAAAUAUAUGUUUUCUAGCAGUUUUCGACCCGCUAAUUAUUAUUCCGUUGUCUGAAAUUGCAGAUCUCAACUGAGUUAUGACGUGGCAAAUUUGGAAUUUUGGGAGCUGAAAACUAGAUUCACACGCUAUGCUAUCAGAUUUGCAUGAAAAUAAUUUUUGAAACUAGUUUUUAGUCUCCUAAAUUUCGAUUUUUCCGAACUUUGCCACGUCAUAACUCAUAUUACCACAAAAUUUCAGCCAGGAAACUUUUUUGACUGCAAAAAUCUGGCCAUUUUGAAAGAAAAGUUAAAAAUCUUGUUCUAGACUGAAAUUUUGCGCUGAAAGUCGUGGAAAUGCUGAAACUCUAGAUUUUUAAUAAAAUAUAUGUUUUCUAGCAGAUUUCGCUGAUUUCCUGUUGUCUGAAAUUGCAGAUUGAGUUAUGACGUGGCAAAUCCCGAAUUUUCCAAAAUUUGCCACGUCAUAACUCAUAUUAGAAGUUGAGAUCUGCAAUUUUUAUCGUGAUCAGCGGGUCAAAAACUAGUACUAAAAAAAAAAUUAAAUAAUUUAUAUGUUUCGUUCAGACUUCUGGUGAAUUUAACGUAACUCGCCGUCGAAAUGGUCCGAUUCGAGAUGUUCGAUGCCUUGCUUCUUACGACGAUCGAAUCUAUGCGUCAGGUGAAGAUUUUGAAAUUUACGUCGGAAAAGAUGGAUGUCGUCAACUACUGAUCCAAUGGCACAAACAACUUCAAAUCGGCGGCACAAUCAUCGCGUCGGGUGGCGAGAAUUUUGUUGAUAUUUAUUGGAAACAAUUUGGAGAAGAUGCGAGCGCGGAAAUAUUACAACAACAUCAUCGCGAAGUUUUUUUGGCCAAAAUAUUUGCGCCAAAACAAUCGAUUAUUACUUGCUGGUUGGUUUGGAUUUUGAAAUUUUAAUAAAAAAGAAAAUAUUAUUGUUUUCCUCUUCAGGAAUCUCUCAACUUGUGGUCAAUUUCUUGCAAUUGGAACUUCUUACGAUGUUUCGAUUUACACAAUUCAACCAGAAACUAGAAAAAAAAUCAGAAAGCUCUCAACAUUUUCAACAAUUCAACCAACAGCUCUUCAAAUUCUCGAGGAAUUUGUCUACGUUGCGACUGGCAAUUUUGAAAUCAUCAAAUUCAAAUUGACAUCAACACAAUCAGCUGGAAAAACAAUUGUUGAACAAUCUGAUUGUGGAGCGAUUGUUAAAAUGGAUAUUUCGAUUUGCGCGAAAACUAUUGCUGUAAUCACAUCUCGCUCGCAAUUAUUCAUAAUUAAUUCCGAGACUGGAGAAUCUCGCCUGGCAAAAGUUGAACUUCCGAUUGAUUUGGCUGCAACUGCGAAUAGUAUUUAUGUUGUUGGAACACAACCAGCGUUUUCUGAAAAUUGUGACACGAAAAAAGUGUUUUUUGAAGUUGGCGUUUCAAAUGGACUUGUAAAAAGGUCAACCAGUUCGAAUGCCCUUAAAAUGAUACCAACGAGCAAAACAUCACUUGUUCCUGGACUACCUGUUUCGAUUCUCAAAAUUGAUCAAGAACGAUUGAUAUUAUCGUCUUAUGAUGGUCAUUGGGCGAUUUUGGAUGUUGUGAGUUUUUUUUACAGAAAAUCUCAUUUUUUCGCUUUUCUGAAAAAUGUGCCCGGAAAGUAAUUUCUUAAAAAUAGUCCAAUUUCUGGAAAAGUUUCUCAGAGUCUGACAAAAAAUCUAAAUGUUCAACAAAAAAAUUCUGAAUUUUUCUAAAAUGUUCUGAUUUGCUGAAAUUUGAAGACUUGAAACGUGGCAAAGUUUGGAAAUUUUGAAAAAUCGGGACUUCAGGAGCCGAAUUCAUAAGUUGUACUCCAAAAUUUAAGGAAAAAAUUUGGUGAACCAAAAAAUUCUGUGAAAAUUUUUUUGAUUUGCCAUAUUUUUCUUCAUUAAUUUUUGCUGUACUUUUAUGAAUUGGGCCCCUGAAGUCCCGAUUUUUUGAAAUUUGGAACUUUGCCACGUCUUAACUCAUAAUAGGAGUUGAGUUUAUCCAAAAAAUUCUAAAAACGGAAAAUGACGUGGCAAAAUUAGCGGGUCGAAAACAACUAGAAAACAUAUUUUAUUAAAAUCUACAGUGAAAGUUGAAAAAUCUGAAAUGAUAAUUGCUAUUUUCAGGUGAACAAUUCGAUUUAUAAUGCAUUCGAAGGUUCGAUUAAAGCUAAAAAGACAAAAAAUCGGACAUACUGAUGGUGUUCCAAUCUCAAUUGUUGGAAUUCGAAAACAAAUUGGCGAUGAAAAAGAGAAUAAACAAUCGGAAGUUGUUCCAACAAAAACCACAAGAAGAAUUCGGAAAAACUCGUCCAUUAGUGGUAAUAUUUUUUAAAGUAUGAUUUUUUAAUCCAUGAUUUUUCAGAAGACAUUGAACCGAUUCAGAAUAAUCGCAUUGUUAUAAUUCGUGUCAAUGGAGAUCAGCAACCAAAAACUCAAGGAUUCCAAUUGAGAAAAUUCGGAAUGCAGUAA